UUUGUUCCACUCAUCUGGCAAACUGGUAGUGCCAGCUUAAAACGCAUCGUCCCUUUCCCCUCGUGUUUAUCGCCCCCCUUUUCUUCCCAAUUCCUUUUCUUCGGAUUUCCCUUGCUAAAUCUCAUCAAUUUCACCGUCCAUUUCUCUUCUACAAAACCCAUCCAACUCCCACUCACAAUCACAAUCACAAUCUUCUUGAAUUGAAUAUCCCCUUUUCUCCAAUGGCUUCUUUCAGUGUUCCUUGUCCCAAGAUUUCUGUUUUAUCCGUUGCUUCUUCCCAUUCCAGCUCCACCCAACAACCCCAUGUCUCCGUUUCCUUGAGAUCCACUCCUGCAUUGCUCCCUCGUCUUCAGGGGUCCAGUCGACUCCAAUCUCAGGUGUUUAAGGUGAAUGCCCAGCUCAAUGAGGUUGCUAUUGACAAGUCGACCAAUUCAAAACCAGCUUCUGAGAAAAGCUUGGAGGAAGUCCCAAAGACUGAGUACUCAAUUCCAGAUGCUUCAUCCAUUCAAGCAUUCAUGUCUCAAGCAGCCGAUCUUGUUGAGCUUGUAGAUUCGAGGGACAUUGUGGAGCUGCAGCUGAAGCAAAAGGAUUGUGAAAUCCUUAUAAGGAAGAAGGCAGCAUUGCCCCAGCCACCUGUUGUUAUGGCCCCACCUUCUGUUCAGCAGGGCUUUUAUCAACCACAGUUGCCUCCUGCAAGUGCCCCUGCUCCUGCGGCUCCAGCAGCUCCUGCACUUCCGCCACCUGCGCCUUCAAAGCCGAAGUCUUCACAUCCUCCGAUGAAAUGUCCCAUGGCUGGAACAUUCUACCGAUCGCCUGCCCCAGGGGCACCACCUUUUGUAAAGGUAGGAGACAAGGUCCAGAAAGGGCAAGUAGUUUGCAUCAUUGAGGCCAUGAAAUUGAUGAAUGAGAUUGAGGCUGAUUCGUCUGGAACCAUAGUUGACAUAAUUGCAGAUGAUGGUAAACCCGUUAGUGUGGACACGCCUCUAUUUGUCAUUGAACCUUGAAUAAAAGGGUUGUCCUGGUAUGCAACAUAGGUGGAAGGCGCAGAGUGAUAUUCUAUUAUUAUUGAGGGAAAAAUCUGUUUUUAGGUCAAGGCAGAUAUGCUCUUCAAAGAGAUUGGAUCACCAUAUGACUGUAGUUCAAAUCUAUGAUCAUAUUUAUAAAUUUUAUUUGUCAUUUUGCUUAUGCUGCUCAUAAAUUUUGGAACGAUGUAUCUAUCUUUAUAAAGUUGUUUGUUGAGUUACUUAUA